AGUGAGCGAGAGAGAGAAGAGAGAACGAGUGAGGGAGGAGGAGUGGGGCGCUUGAAUGAAACGGGCAGGCCGUGAAAACACUGGCAUCUCUGAAAUCAGGACCACACUGGGCACGGCUGGGAUGUGGGUGGCACCAUGAGUGUGAAAGCUUUUGAGCUGGUUCCCGCCGUGGAGCGGGAGCAGCUGAUGGGCGAGAAGGUGCGGAUAAACAUCGAAUGCAUAGAGUGCUGCGGCCAACACCUGUACCUGGGCACCAAUGACUGCUUCAUCCAUCACUUCCUCCUGGAGGAGCACACCACGUCCAAAGGUAAACUAGCCUACAACGCUCAGAAGCUCCUCCACAAAUACCUGGGCCUGAAGAAGCCAGUGGUUGAGCUGAAGGCCGCCUCUGCUUUGGAGCGCCUAAUCGUCCUCUGUGAUUCAUCUAUUACGGUUGUGGACAUGGUUACCUUGGAGCCUGUGCCCACCGGAGGUACCAAGCUCAAAGGUGUGACUGCGUUUUGCAUUAAUGAGAAUCCAGUGACCGGGGAUGCAUUUUGUGUGGAAAUGGCUGUGGUUUUGGCACGCAGAAGGGCCGUCCAGAUCUGUACGGUCCAUGAGGACAGAGUGCAAAUGUUAAAGGAAGUGACUACGCCAGAGCAGCCCUGUGCCCUGAGCCUGGACGGGUACAAUAUCUGUCUGGCCCUGUCCACACAGUAUAUGAUCCUAAACUACAGCACAGGAGCCUCCCAGGAUCUGUUCCCUUAUGACUGUGAGGAGAGAAAGCCCAUUGUUAAAAGGAUCGGUCGAGAAGAGUUUCUCUUGGCUGCCCCAGGAGGGCUUGGGAUGUUUGCUAAUGCUGAGGGCAUAUCCCAGCGUGCACCGGUGAGCUGGUCCGAGAACGUGAUUGCAGCGGCUGUGUGUUUCCCUUAUGUGGUCGCGUUGGAUGAAGGUUUUGUGACUGUUCACAGCAUGUUGGACCAGCAGCUUAAACAGACGCUGUCAUUCAAAGAUGGACAACUCCUGCAGGAUUUUGAAGGUAAGGUGGUGGUGGCUUCUUCAAAAGCAGUGUAUAUGCUGGUGCCUCUUCCUCUGGAGCGUCAGAUCCAAGAUCUGCUGGCAAGCCAUCGAGUGGAGGAGGCCCUGACCCUCACUGAGGCGGCACAGAGAAACAUUCCCAAAGAAAAAUAUCAGAUAUUGCACAGGAGAAUUCUUCAACAAGCAGGAUUCAUCCAGUUCGGCCAGCUUCAGUUUUUAGAAGCAAAAGAACAUUUUAGGAAGGGACAGCUUGACGUACGGGAGCUGAUCUCUCUUUAUCCGCUUCUCCUACCUGCCUCUUCUUCCUUCACACGGUGCCAUCCGCCACUUCACGAGUUUGCCGAUUUGAACCACCUGACGCAAGGCGACCAGGAGAAAGUACAUCGCUUCAAGCGUUUCCUCAUCAGCUACCUGCACGAGGUUCGCAGCUGUGACAGCGCUAAUGGGUUUCACGAAGAUGUAGACACUGCAUUGUUAAAGCUGUACGCAGAGACCAGCCAUGAGAGUCUUCUGGACCUGCUGGUCUCCGAAAAUGCUUGUCUCCUGGCAGACAGUGCCCCCUGGCUGGAGAAGCAUCACAAGUAUUAUGCUCUUGGUCUUUUAUAUCACUACAAUGGACAAGAUGGUGCUGCUUUACAGAUGUGGGUUAAAAUUGUCAAUGGAGAUCUCCAAGAUUCAACGCGACCAGAUCUGUUUGAAUAUGUUGUGGAUUUUCUUAGUUUUUGCUCCAACCUUGACCUUGUGUGGAGGCAUGCAGACUGGGCACUACAGAAAGAUCAAAAGAUUGGCGUCCAGAUCUUCACUAAAAGGCCUACCUCAGAAGGGAGGAGGGGCCAGCUGAAUGCAGAUGAUGUGAUUACAUAUUUGCAGAAGCACAGUCAAGCCCUUCUGCUCUAUCUAGAACACCUUGUGCUAGAAAAUAAACUUCAGAAAGAGAAGUAUCACACACAUCUGGCUGUUCUGUAUGCAGAGAGAGUGCUGGGUUUGAUCGCACGGCCUUCAACCUCUGAGGAACAGCUGUCGGCUGCCCGUCAGAAACUACAACGGUUGCUGAAAGAGUCUAAUCUGUAUAGAGUCCAGUUACUACUAGGUAAAAUUCAAGACUCUGAGCUGCUGCUACUCGAGCGAGCGACACUACAUGGGAAGUUAGAGGAACAUGACAAGGCUUUACACUUACUAGUGCACCAGCUGAAAGACUCUUCUAAGGCUGAGGAGUACUGCUCUUGGGCUUCUGCAUCUCAGGACUCCUCCUACCGUCAGAACCUUUUCCACCAACUCUUGAGUGUUUACUUGGACCCGGAUGUACCUGGAGGAGCACAAACAGUAGCUGCCGUUGACUUGCUUAACCGACACGCUGAAGUGUUUGACGCAGCGCGUGUGUUAAAGCUUCUCCCAGAAGACUGGUCUCUGCCGUUACUCCGUCCUUUUCUGUGCGGGGCCAUGAGGGCCACUGUUCACGCACGAUGCACUUCACAGGUCGCACUGGGAUUGGCUCGAGCACAAAACCUCCAGCUUCUGCAUGACAGGCUGAAGUAUCGAGGCGGCCCAGUAUUAGUGUCUGAAAAGAAGGGAUGCCAGCUGUGCCACAACACCUUCAGUGAGCCCGACUGCGCCUGCUUGCCUGGUGGGACGCCCGUCCACAUUAACUGUGUCGCUAAGAAAGCCCUGGACUUGCCACACGAAAAUGCCCACCACAGCAACCACACAUGAAGUUGAACAGCACUGUGAGGCAGUCGAUGGAUGCUGGCAUUGCACCCGUAUGGCACAUAAUGCUUAGGGCACCUGCUCAGAUCCCGAACGAGAGCUUCUGGUGCCACCUGCUUUCCCUGUGCGUGACGGAUUCGCUCAACUAACGGGUGUUCGGGUGAAUGAGAUGCUAUUUAUUCCAUAAUCCCUCUGUGUAUAGAAAACACUGACAAUGGAUAUGAGAUUUUAAUGAAGAAAUGAGAGAAAAAAAAUCUAAAAAACUUGACCGUCUCUUGGUUGAUCUUAUUAGCAUUGCCUUAUGAUGACUGUUCAAUGGCUUUCUUGAAAUUCUCUUUGCUUUUAAAUGGGUGAUGUCUGUGGUAAAUGUUGUUUGCAAAACUGUGUAAAGGGAUAGUUUCCCAGAAGUUCAAAUUUGAGGUUAAUUUACUCACCUUCAGGUUAUCUAGGAUGUAGAUUUUCUUUUUUAAAUUCAGUGGUAGGACGGUAAACGCAUAGUUCACCCCCAAAAAACUUUUUUUUUCUCAUUUACUCACACUUAAGAGAUUCUAAACCUUUGUAAAAUUCUUUUUCUUUGGACGCCAAACAAAGUGUUGUGAAGAGUGUUGGCCAGUGGCUGAUUUUUCCAACAUUCUUCAGUUUAUGGCGUUCAGUAGAGGAUAGAAAUUCUUACAUGUUUGGAGCUAGUGAGUAAAUGUUAUCGUUUUCAUCUUCUAUCCCCUUAAAUGAAGGUUUUCAGUGGAAAGUAUGGUCUAAGGUGAUUCAUAAAAUGGAAGUAAAUAGUUGGUUAGCAUCACUUUCAUCGCAGGCAAAAGCCAAUCGGACUGACUAAAGUUAAUAAUUUUGUUAAUCAUGUUGUGUGUCUUGCACAGAUUGAUUUUCAUUUGAUAACACACACUCAAAAAAUUGCGUUUGUUGUUUGUUCAAACUACCUAUUUGAAAUUUCUGAGCAUUUUCUUCCAACAACUUAUGUUCAAUCCACUUAAAUUUGAAAAAUCUAAUAAGUUACUUUAAUUCCUUCAUGUUGUCCCAACACAAAUCGAUUGUGUGGAACCCAGCAUUUUUUACGGAAGCUUGUACCAUUAAGCUAGAUUAACGGUUUAGCCAGUUAAGUUUCUGUUUAGUUUGUGCCAAUUCUGAGUUUUUAGGUAUCAUGAAGGUAGCUUAGCUUACCUGUUUCAACAUACCAUGGCAACGAAGAGUGAAUAACCUUUAUGUACACUUGGGGAUGUUUUCAUCCGCUCUGGGGUGAUUUUGAGUCUUAAUUUGGCCAUAACUUUCUCCGUGUUUCAGCUAGCAGAAUGAUUUUUGUGACAAAUCCUAUUUUGAUACAUAUUUUGAGAAAAUGCUUUAAAUUUUUUUAAAAAUGUACUA